AUGGCGGCUUGGGCUGCGAUGGGUGGAAUGUACUUUGGUUGGGAUUCGGGGUUAAUCGGAGGAAUUCUAUCUGAAAAGGCAUUUGAAGUAGCCUUUGGGCUUGACAAAGUGGAGAGUACAGCCCUUGCAGCACUGAAGGGAAAUAUUGUUAGCGUUUUGCAAGCCGAUCAUAUGGGUAGGAGGAACUCCCUGCUGUUCGCUACUUGUAUUUUCUUUAUUGGCUCCAUCAUUCAGUCAACGACUCUCUUAAACGGACAGUCUCAGCAGCGAGGUUUGGACCAACUUUACGUAGGCAGAGCAAUAGGCGGAUUUGGAGUAGGCCUAGCAUCCUCGGUUAUUCCAACUUAUAUAAGCGAAUGUGCUCCAAGAGAGAUUCGUGGUCGGCUAACCGGAAUGUAUCAAUUGAUGAAUGUUACUGGUGUCAUGCUCAGUUUCUGGACGAAUUACGGACUACAAACCAAUGCCAAGUCGGAGCUUGACCACUGGACUUGGCGUGCUGCAUUUAUCAUUCAGAUGGCGCCAGGAGCUGUCAUGACAGUCGGAAUGUUGACCCAGCCUGAAUCCCCGCGUUAUUUGGUUCAACGUGGAAGGAUAGAAGAGGCCGCACAUUCACUUGGACGACUACGCGGACGACCAGCUGACGAUCCUGCUGUUCGUGGUGUACUUUCGGAAAUCAUUGCCGAUUUAGAAGGCAGGGCUCAUCUCAACUUGUGGCAACAAUGCAAAGCCAGCUUCAAGGACGCAACAACCUUUUACCGUGUAUUCAUCUCUAUCAUCCUCAUGUUUUUCCAACAAUGGACAGGCACCAACGCCAUCAAUAUCUAUUCGCCUCAAAUCUUCGCAUCGUUGGGCAUUACCGGUACUAGCUCAGGCCUCUUCGCAACGGGGAUUUACGGAGUUGUGAAGGUCUUUUGUACCAGUCUUGCAUUGAUGUUUGCUCUGGAACAAGCUGGCCGUAAGAUGUCCUUGAUCGGUGGCGGCUUAAUUCAAGCUGUCUCAAUGUAUUAUAUUGGCAUUUACCAAGCUGUACAUACUUCGGGCACAGUCGUUCCUGCUUCUUAUGCUGCCAUUACGUUUGUAUACGUGUUCGUCCUUGGAUACAGUUUCGGGUGGGGUAGCGUCCCGUGGGCUGUCAUGGCUGAAUGCGCGCCCAACCAUCUCCGAUCUCUUGCUAUGGCGUUGGGUCUCAUGACAAACUGGCUUUUCAACUUCGUUAUCUCCAAAAUUACUCCCACUCUACUGGCCACGAUUGGUUUUGGCACAUUCCUAUUGUUUGGAAGCUUCUCCAUUGUCAUGGUCUUAUGGACAAUUUUCUUCCUUCCGGAGACAAAGGGCAUCGCCUUGGAACAUAUCCACGAAGUCUUUGAGGAGCCUAUUGUCAAGCGUUCAUUGGCCGACAUGCGUCCCAGUCGUGCUCGUGCUCGUCGCGCGGAGGUUCUUCAAGGAACCGCCGAGACAGAUGCUUAUGGGCAGAUGGAAGAUGGCAGUGUAGGCGACUCCCAAAAGGCAAAGGUCGAACAGAUAGAAAACCGGAUAUAG